AGGACGUUGCAGUCACCAUGGUACUCAGCUAUGCCUAAGGAGUAUAGGGGUGCAGGGCUGCACUUGGAAUGUGGUUGCAGCAGUUCAGGAGAGGGGCCUGGGGAGGGGAUGUAUGGUCACUAAUUGAAUUUAGUUUUCUUUUAAUAUUGUUGUGCAGUGGUAUCUAUGUAACAGGUGCUUUCUUUUUCUAAUUCUAUCCAGCUGCAUGCCUUCAUUGUGAUGGAAUAUGCAAGUGGAGGAUGCCUACAAGAUCUUCUAAACAACAGAGGCUAUCUGGACAUGGACUCCGUACUGUACUACGCAGCUGAGAUGGUGUGCGGCCUGCAAUUUCUGCACUCUGAAGGAAUUAUCCAUCGAGACUUCAAACCGGAAAACAUUCUGUUCAGCAACAAGGGACACAUCAAGAUUGCUGACUUUGGAUUGGCUGCUGAGAACGUAUUUGGCAACAAAACCAUCUCAGGAUCAAUUGGGACAUUGCACAACAUGGCCCCAGAGAUGAUCCAGUGUCAAAUCUACAAUUCAGCAGUAGACUGGUGGGCUUUUGGGAUUGUCUUGUGCAAAAUGGCCACUGGAAGAUCACCUUUUUAUGAAGGCCGUAAAGCAGAGAAAUGCAUCCAUUUUAUCCUCAAUUGCCAGCCCAGCUAUUCAGAACAGCUCAGUACAGAACUGCAAGAUCUUCUGGAAAAGCUCCUAAAGAAGAAGCCAUACAAGCGGCUUGGGUUCAAGGGGGAUAUAAGGAGACACCCCUUUUUCAAAUCCAUCAACUGGAUCAAAGUAGAAAUACAAAAUGUUGAACCACCUUUCCAGCCAGAACCUCAACCAAAUCCUGAUGUGAGCAUUCCAGCAAGUGCCUUAGAGGUCCUCAACAUUGACACCGCCUCAACUCACAGCUACAGUCUUCAGGAUUUCACAUAUCUGAGUCCCAGCUGGCAGGCAUAAGCCCACUUACUACAACUGUGGGAAAGGAUACAUCAACUCGAAGUUCAGUUCCCAUCCAACUGGAAAACAUCUUAAUUUGUUCAAAAGCACACCCGUCUGCUGUAUGAAUUCACAGAUCCAUUUGCAGCUCUACCAUCAGCUUCACCUGAUGCAUCGUUGCUACAUAAAGAUCAGCAGCCAACUCCACAAGUCAUCAGUCCCACCAUCAAAUCCAUCUCUGGAACUACCAUCAAGUCCAUCUUGCAUUUCCAUCAAAGCUACUUCAUCACCUAUACUUCCAUCUCCAGGUGAAAACAUUGGGUCUGGCCUACCAUCAGUUGUAUCUCUGUAUGGACUUACUAAGCUACCCUCUCUAACCCUCAUAUAAAUGUGUAAGAGGAGCUGAUGUAAGUAUGUUUAAAUGGUGGUAAGUAUUUUAAAUUGAUUAAAAGAGCUGGGAUCCUUUGGUUAUAUAAGUUUUGGCUAAAUGAUAUAACUAAAGGGCUCUUAUAAAACAGAUUAGUAUAAAAUCAAACUAGACUUAGGGUAAUAGUAGAAAUGUAAAUGCAGAGGAUAGUUACAAGAGGAUAAUAAGGUAAUACUAAGAUAGGCAGGAAAUAUAAAUAAU